AUGUCUGCAGUUGCUGCUUCUCAAAGGGACUUUGUCUCCAAAUAUGUUCAAUUGCUUGGAUUGGCAACACCACUUACUCCUGAUAAUUUCAAUUCGGUUUCAGAUUAUUCUAAAGUGCAAUCAUUAGGUCCCAGUUUACCAAAAGUUAAUACCCCAUUACCUAAUAAGGAACAAAGCGAAAAGAAGGAUUCGUUCAUUAAUAUCAAUUUUAAAUCGAUAAAACCUCCUUUUAAAUUUACCACUAGUCUAAAUGAAUACUCUUCAUCUCAUUCAAUUUAUAAAACAAAGCUCGAUUUGAUUGCUUCAUUACCAUUAUUAAAAGAUGCUCAUGUGGCCCCUAAACAUAUCAAGUUGUUGUUAAAAGGUAAAGUUUUGCACGAUCUGUCAUUAUUGUCUUCAUUAAACUUGGACCAAGAUUUGAGUUUUACAUGUAUGGUCGCCACUCCAGAAAUAGAACAAUCUGCGUCAUUGGAAACUGUGGACACACAAGAGAAAACUGAUGAGAAGAGUCCAAUUAAUAUCCUGUCAGAAACAUGGACCAAGAUUCAAGAGGCAUUACUACUGGAGUUGAAUACUGAAGAUGCUACUACGGUCUUGAGUAAAUUUAAGUCUUCCAUAGUUUAA